CGUGUGCAAGAUUCCCCUGGCCCCUCAGCCCCCCAGGGAGAGACGGGCCAUCCCUCUCCCUCCAAAAUCGAUGUUUGCCCUUGGGAUGUGCGAGCUCCGGCCCGUCCACCGACACGCGGAUAUUGUUCCCAGCGGAUGCUCCGCCGCCGGCCCCGCACCCUGAACGCACCCGCGGCCCCCGGGGCCGCUCCUCCCCCCGGCUGCCCAUUGGAGCGGGAGCGUCACGCGGCAGAUCCACGGAUCCAUGCCGCCCGCGCCGGCCGCGGCAGCGCGCCCGCCGCUCAGUCAUCGGCUCUGCCGGGGAGCGAGCCCGCAGCAUCCCGCCCGCUGCAUCCCGCCCGCUGCAUCCAGCCCACUGCAUCCCGCCCGUUUCAUCCCGCCCGCAGCAUCCCGCCCGCUCCAUCCCGCCCGUUCCAUCCCGCCCGCUCCAUCCCGCCCGCAGCACUGGCUCGGCUCGGCUCGGCUCGGCUCGCCGGGGCCAGGGCGUCCCGGGAGGGGUGCGCCUUUCGGCCGGGACGAAGCGGCGCUUCGGGAUCUGCCCGGGCGGACGUGCCCGGCACGGUCAGCUUCGGAGGGAGUUGCUGCUGGUUGCAAGGACAGUUUCAGACCUACACACAACCAGAUCUGACUUUGUGGUCUCAGUGGUGGUGUAAGCCAUGAAGUCAUGUUGCAGAUGUGUGUGUUCAGUUUUGCUUUCACUUUGAAAAGUCUGUAUUUGCUGAGGUGCAAGAUGUCUGCCCUGAGGCUAAUCUCCAACAGAACCUCCCAGCAGGCCUUGUCGAACUCUGAUUACACCUGGGACUAUGAGUACUAUGAGUAUGGACCAGUGUCAUUUGAAGGCCUGAAGGCUCAUAAGUAUUCCAUUGUGAUUGGAUUUUGGGUUGGUCUUGCAGUUUUUGUCAUCUUCAUGUUUUUUGUCCUGACCCUGCUGACGAAGACAGGAGCACCACAUCAAGACAAUGCAGAAAUUUCUGAAAAAAGAUUUCACAUGAACAGCUUUGUGGCAGAUUUUGGAAAACCUCUGGAGUCCGAGAGGGUCUUUUCUCACCAAAUGGCUGAAGAGUCCCAGUCACUUUUUCAUUUCUGCAUUAAUGAAGUGGACCAUAUGAACAAAGAAAAAGAGAGUCAGAAAGGUCCAAGUCUGGAGAGUAAUACCCAUUUCCAGGAAGUUCCCAAGAGCAGUGAAAUGUUUGAGGAAGACCUACAUUGUCUUACAAAAUUUAACAUUCCUAACUUUGUGAACACUGAGCAGAACUCUUCAUUAGGUGAGGAUGAUCUCCUCAUCUCAGAGCCACCAAUCAUUUUGUAAAGCAAACUGGUUAUGCAAUCUUAACAUUAGAUCCUUGACUGAAAAAUCUUUUACUUUAAGGCAAACAUCGCUGUUAUUGUCCAGUCUGAAGCUUUUCUUGGCCUCCUGCUCUUUUGACAGAAGGUAUUUCAGACCUGUGCUUUUUAUUGUACGUAAGACUGGCUGUACACUGAUAGAACUCCGUUUAGACAAGAAGUAAGACACUGAAUGCUUUAUUCUGAUGCCUUCUGUGGUCUAAAAUUUCUGCCCAGCAUUAUUUUUGCUUUAUUAUUUUUUUGUUUGUUUGUUUCUUGUAUUGUUCUUCAUUUUUAAAUGACUACUUAUGACCAGCUUCUGAAGGAUAAUAAUUUACGAGGAUUGUGAAGGCUGGAGCCUGGCAUUGGGAGGUCUCUUAAAAUUCACUGGCCAAGAAAAGUGUAAAUCUCAAAGAAGACUGAAGAAGCCCCUGAGGAUGUUCUGUAGUUAAUGCCGCUCCCAAUAAGGAUGCCCGAAGCUGAGCACCACAAUAAAUACCUGCUUGGGACUAACUUCAGUUUCUGAGCCCUACUGCUUUUUGGUGCAGGUUAAACCAAAUUUACAAAGCUUCCAGAGGGAAUACCUUGCAAAUUAAAUUGUUUGGUUACACUGUUUACAAAAUGCUAUCACCACCUGCUGCUGAGUAAAAGCAAAUAGGUGCCAGUAAUUAUACUUCAGAAUGACACCUCAGCAGCUGCCUGUGAUGUCAUGGAAUUAGUGUUCUACACACAAACACAAACUGUGAUUUGACGUCCUUUUUUUUUUUUUUUUUUUUUCUGCUAAUUGCUGAUGUGAACUUCCAGUUCAGUAAUUACAGUAUUAAGUAGCUACAUCACAGGAAAUAAGAAAAAACCCUAUUUUUCUGCCAAUAAAGUUGCUACAUGCAAA